AUGUCCGGCGAUAACAAUGUUUUAGGCGGCUUCAACGCUGUUUUGGGCUAUCUCGGCGGUGAGGCUGCCACAAAAACCAUCUUCGAGCGCCUAUUAUGGCCUCAGCGCUAUCUGUCAAGCCCCCAACCAGAGAGCCUCAUCAAGCUCGCAGCGCUCUAUUCCAUGGGUGGACCACUGAGUGCCACAGCCCUUGAGGUUAUCGACAGCGCCUACAAGAAUGGCAUUCUGGCGGGCCGUCAACAGGGUCAUAUGCUGGGCUCGGCAUUCUAUCCCGAUAUUGGAUGGACGAUACAAUUACACGCGUCAAACAAUGAGCCUAGCCGAAGCUCACAGGCCAGAAGCUGCAUUUGGGUGCGCGCGUUACUCAACCUACAGCUCCCAGAUGUAUCUUCUGUGCGCACAUCGAGUGGCUCUCUAACUUGCGCUGCAGAGGAAGGCAAAGUUGGGGAGAAGAAAACCCCAGUGCGAGCAAGAAUUGCAGUGACACACCUCGUUCUGACAAAGGCCAUGGUUGAAGACUUGUCUAACCACAGUAUGCCAUUCGUUCAAGAGCAUACAGGCAAUGUGUCUCUCUACGGCUUCAUAACCAGCAUCAUAAGCGAGAUAAGCGGCAUCGGAAUUGCGAUUGGACUUGGCGUUGUGAAACGAACAUCGUGGGCCGUCUUAUUCCUGAUACCAUUCGCCCUGCGCAUCCUCGCCGUCGUUUUUGCAGUUCAUCGAGAGCCGCUCGACAACCUCUCAAGCUCAGAUGAAGGAGAGCAGCAUCGAAACUGGGAAAUCGAUUGCCCUCCCAUUGAGGGCCGGUUGAUGAUGAUCACUGGGCCUCCAAGCGUAGUGAACCAAUUCUUUCGGCAUUAUGGCCACCCAGUGCGAAAUCGGAUCCGCGAAGUUAUCCAGAUCGCAAUUGUAGUUGCAUUCGGCCUCUAUUUCCCCGUCGCGCUGCUAUGCUCGGUCUUGUGGAUGCCCCUGCUCAUCCAAUACGUCUGGACUAUUUGGGAGGUGUGUCUCGUUCUUGCUAUGCAUAUCGAUAGAUACACUAUCAAAGGCCCAAUGAGCGCAACGACAGAGACGCACAUUGCAAGAGAGUUUGCUUGGCGUCAAGAGGCAGAGAUUGAGCCGCGUUGCUGGAAGUCGACGAUUUUGUUUGGGCAAACCCGCGAGAUGGGUGCUGGAGUAGUCAAGGCGCAGUUGACCACAAGAAUAGUGGAUAGCUAUGGCGAGGGCAAAGAGGAGAUGAAACGACUUGUUACUCGGCAACAGAUGCAUGAGUCAACCCAGAUUAUGCAAGACAAGACGAGAGUUGCCAUCACUCUCGAUGUAUGA